GGGCUGCCAUGUUUGUUGAGGGAAGCGCGUCCGCUGGAAAGCGACGGCUCCGGGGCUGGCCCAGGCGCUCGCCGCCGGAAGCACACCCUGAGCUAUGGCGGCGUCGGCGCCGACCCUGUUGGCGCCCGGUUAUCCAGCCGAGGGUCGAUGCAGUUACUACGUGGAGAAGAAGAAGCGCUUCUGCAGGAUGGUGGCGGCGGCCGGAAAGAGGUUCUGUGGCGAGCACGCCGGAGCCGCGGAGGAAGAAAAUGCUCGGAAAAGAAUCUUGUGUCCUUUAGAUCCCAAACACACAGUAUAUGAAGAUCAACUAGCAAAGCAUCUGAAAAAAUGUAACUCAAGAGAGAAGCCAAAACCUGAUUUCUUUAUUCAGGAUAUUAAUGCAGGCUUAAAAGAUGAAACAGAAAUACCUGAGCAGCUAGUUCCAAUUUCUUCUCUAUCUGAAGAGCAGUUGGAAAAUUUAAUUAAGAAAUUGAGAAAAGCAAGUAAAGGUUUGAAUUCUACACUUACAGAUCACAUUAUGUCCCAUCCAGUGUUGCAUGAUGCCCUUAAUGACCCUAAAAAUGGUGAUUCUGCAAUCAAGCACCUGAAGCAGCAAGCUUCUAUUUUAGGUAACAUUGAAAAAUUAAAGUUACUUGGCCCAAGAAGAUGCUUUGUUGAGUUUGGAGCAGGAAAGGGAAAAUUAUCUCACUGGGUUGAUAUUGCUUUAAAAGAUGCUGAAAAAGUUCACUUCAUCCUAGUGGAAAAAGUGACCACAAGGUUUAAGGUAGAUGGCAAACACAGAAAGAAAAAUUCAGUGUUUGAAAGACUUCAAAUUGAUAUUCAACACUUGUGUUUGAACAAGAUUCCUGUGCUAAGAGAAGGGAAAAUGCCUGUGGUAGGAAUUGGGAAACAUCUGUGUGGUGUGGCAACAGAUCUUGCAUUACGAUGUUUGGUUGAAACCUAUGCUGCCAGUUAUGAGGAAAGGAAUGAAGAACCUUUAGCCAAACGCAUAAAGAAUGAUAAAACAGAAAAAGGAAUUAACACUUUGACCAAGGAAAGAAGUGAAAAAAAUGUCCCAGACAAGUGGACUCCUGUGGCUGGCAUUGUUAUUGCCCUCUGUUGUCACCACAGGUGUGAUUGGAGACAUUAUGUGGGCAAAGAAUAUUUCAGGGCGCUAGGCCUUGGAGCAGUGGAAUUCCACUAUUUCCAGCGAAUGAGCAGUUGGGCCACUUGUGGGAUGCAGGAAGCAUUGUUGGAAUCUUCAGAUGUGACUGCAGAGAGAAAGAGCGACCAGAACGAUGACCGUGAAGAGCAUGAGGGUGGAGCACGCAGGACCGCAGAAGAGAGCGCCGACAGCCCCCCUGGGCUUCUUACUGUUGAAGAAAAGAAGAAAAUAGGACAUCUUUGCAAACUGCUGAUCGAUCAAGGCCGAGCCCAAUACUUAGAGCAGAAGGGAUUUCAUCCUGCUUUACAGUACUACACAGACCCUUGGGUGUCUUUAGAAAAUGUGUUGCUAACAGCUCUACCAAUUCAUUCUUUAUCACCAGAAACAACUGCUUAAUGGAAAAGAAAUUUGGGUAUCAACUGUCUUCCACCAAAAAUACCUUUUAAAUUAUAUUUUUAUAUUCACAAAAAUAUAAUUUGAAUAGAUGAUCUUUAAAAAUACUGUGGCCUAAUUUAUCUGUAGCAGUAGCUUUGCUUUUUACUUGAGAAAUCCAAACAAAGUAGUCACCAAAUUCUGAAAAUAAUCUUCUUCAGCAGGGCAUUUUGAAUUAUAUUAUCCAUCAGUAUUAAUGAAGGUUGGUGAAGUAGCUGAACACUUGACCCAGUCAUCUGAAACACAUAGUACAUCAUGUAAUUAAGAUUAAUUUCUAUUUAUAUUAAUUGGGGAAAUUUAUUUCCUUUGGUUUUAUUUAAUUUUUUUUUUUGUAUCUCAAAUUCAAGAUACAAAUAAUCGGUUGUCAAUUUGUAACAAGGGUCAGUCUUAGAACUUAGCCUAUGUAUGGAUUUUAUUAUUCUGUACAGAUCUGGAUCCAGGAAUGGUGACACAUACCUGUUUUCCCAGGACCUGAGCAGAUGGAUCAUGAUUUCAAAGCCAGGCUAGGUUACGUAGCAAGACCCUGUCUCACAAAACCACCAGUAAACAACCAACCAAUCAAACAAGUAGAAACCCACAGAUCUGGAAAGGCUAUUCACAAUCAGUAAUGGAAUCCUCUGGCAGCUUCCUCACAUGUAUUUGUAUACUACCAGAAUUUGUUCAUGACAAACAACAAAACUGAAGAGAUGUUUUCCACUGAACAAAAAAUCACUUCAGUUUUUGUUGAAUUAUUAUAGUACUUUAAAGUUAUAUUUAUAAAUACAAAUCACAAAGUAAAUUUGAAAUUUGCAAAUAGCUUCUAAGUUAAAUACACACACAUAUAAUAAAGCUAUUUCUUACAUAUGUAAUACAAACAUUAAGUAUGUUCUCUCCUGUUUGGGAAAAUAAGUUGAAAUAAGGUGGAAAUUUAAAAAAUUAAACCAAAAACCUCAACACAUUUAUGCCUUAUUUAACUGAUGAAUGGUUUCUAUGCACAAGCAAACAUUAAACCAAGCAUACAGUAGAACUGUUACUCUCUUUCACAUCUUAUCCUUGAUUUGUUUUUGUAUUUAUUUGUAAAAAUUGUCUUAAUUGUCAAAACAUAUGCCAAGACAAAGAUCCAGAAUUAUUGAUUUCAAUUAUGAUAUUUCUAAGGUAACUAUUUUUAUUCUGUAUGUCUAUUGUUAAAUGAAUUAUAAAUAAGACUAGCCCAUUUUUAAUUUCUGACUUUUCUAAUUUAAUCUUACAUGUUUUGUCAGUCUGCCUAAGUUCAGAUCCCAAUCCUCUUGCCCCUUAAUAGGUGACCAUGGGCAAACUACUUAUCUCUUUGUGCCUCAGUUUUGUCCUCUUAAAAUGGGGAUCAUGAUGUGGUGACAAUAAAACCUACCUCACAAGGUUAUUGUGUGCAUCACACGAGGUGACAUAAGCGAAAUGCUUAGCAUCACAGCAAGCCCAGAGUAAGUAAUAAAUACUAACUAGAAGUAGUAAUUCAUGAAUCUGAUUUUAAUAACAUAAUAGGCAGGCUUUUGUCUUGUUAUCUCUUUAAGUUGUUAACUUUUUCCUCAUGUUAAUAGUCAUAUCAAGUAUUAAAACAAGGUAAUUUGAUUAUUUUUAAGUUACCCAUGUUCCUUAAUCUAGAGAACAUUAAGUGAAGAUGGUACAUCAUUCAAUAAUUAACCUUAUUUUUGUCAGAAAUGUUCAUUUGUGAGAUAAAAUUUAUUUUGUAUCAUUCUACAGUUUAUGCCCA